AUGGACUACGAAACAAUGAACCGUGCCAGCUGGGAUGAGCGCGCGCCAGCACACGUCACAUCUCCAGAUUACGAAAUCAAGCAUUACAUCUCCGACCCUAGCUUUAUCGGACAUGUCGUAAAGUUCGAUCGCCCGUACCUUGGCGACAUUACCGGACUCGACUGCAUACACCUGCAAUGUCACAUCGGGACCGACACACUAUCUCUUGCUCGCCUUGGCGCCGCUUCAGUAACAGGGCUUGACUUUUCUGCGGCGGCAAUCACGGCGGCGCAGGAGCUUGCUGCUCAAACAACCGGUAGUGGCGGCGAGAAGCUUACAUUUGUCGAAGCGUCUGUAUUUAAUGCUUUAAACAUCUUGCCGCCAGGCAGCUUUGACCUCGUUUACGUUAGCAUUGGCUCCUUAUGCUUUAUGCCUAUAAUGAAAGAAUGGGCCAAAAUUAUCACUGGCCUUUUGAAGCCAGGCGGGCGGCUCUUUCUCCGCGAGUUCCAUCCGGUAUUGUGGUCUUUGGAUAGGGAAAGCUCUCGGGAUUUAAUCAUCAGCACUCCGUAUUUUGAGCGUCAAGAACCGACUAUUCUUGAGGCGCCGAGAUCUUACGCUGACUCGACAGCGGGCCAGGAUUUUAAGCUGACUACCUUUGCUAUAUAUAACCAUGGAAUCGGCGAGGUUACACAGGCGCUGCUAGAGGAGGGAAUGAAGUUGACGUUGCUAAAGGAGCACCAGAGUGCGCCGUUGUUGAGUAUGCUGAGACCACUCAUGGUCAAGGAGAAUGGAGAAUACUCUUUGAAGGACCGGCCGUGGCGGCUGCCUCUUUCCUACACGAUACAGGCUGUUAAAGAGUGA